ACUCGCGAGACUUUUUUUUAUCCAAUCAGAAUCCAGCUGGAACCGCCGCCGAUGGCUAAGUCAACACAGGAGAAAAACUUUUAGGUUGCAUUGCAAGGAAAAUAUCCCAAUUUUACCGAUAUUCCAAACGAUCUGCGGUAAAAUGGGGAGAGAAAAUUACGCUAAAGGAGAUCCAGCGAAGAAGCAAAAAGCAACCAAACUGAAAAGGCUGAGUGAGAGCGCUGGUUCCGGUGCAGAGCCAUUGAACAGCCCAAAGCCAACAAACUCCGAAGAGGACAAGAAUGCCACGUCUGAUAAGAAGGUCAAGACAAUUAAGCUGGAAAGCCUGGAGCAAGUCUGCAGUUCCAGUGAUGUGGUGAAACAAGACCCUCAGGAUGAGGACUUUACUUCAAAGAAAAAAGGUUUGAAAAGGAAAAGGGUCAAAGAUGAACCUUCAGAAGAACCUUUACAAUCAGCUUCAUCCCCUGUCUUAAAGAGAAGCAAUGGACACCUUAGUGAUCAAAAAGGAAAUAAAGGAGAAGCUCAGACAAAGAAAUCCAAAAAGAAAACAGAAAAGAUGGUGAAGAAAGAGGAAGAAGAGCAUCCAUCCUCGAAAAAAGCCAAGAGGACAAAAGAAGAGAUCGCAGAAGCGAGACAGCUGAAGAUAAAAAAGAAGGAAGAGGAGGAGCAGAACCGCUGGAGAUGGUGGGAGGAAGAGAAGUAUGAAGAUGGAGUAAAAUGGAAGUUCUUGGAACACAAUGGACCCUACUUCCCUCCUGAGUACCAGCCUCUUCCUGACAAUGUUAACUUCUUCUACAAAGGUGAGAAGGUGAAGCUGAGCCCAGCAGCAGAAGAAGUGGCAGUUUUCUUUGCCCAGAUGUUGGACCAUGAAUACACAACGAAGAAGGUGUUUCGUGAGAACUUCUUUAAGGACUGGAGGAAGGAAAUGACCCCUGAAGAGAAGUCACUGAUUAAAGAUCUUGAGAAGUGUGACUUCAGAGAAAUCCAUGCCAUGCAUAAAGCCAAGGUGGAAGCCAGGAAGAGCAUGAGCAAAGAGGAGAAGCAGGUUAUAAAAGAAGCUAAUCAGAAAAUAGUGGAGGAAUAUGGCUAUUGCCUGCUGGAUCACCACAGGGAACGGAUCGGAAAUUUUAAGAUUGAGCCUCCAGGUUUGUUUCGAGGAAGAGGAGAGCAUCCCAAACAAGGAAUGCUGAAGAAGAGAAUCCAACCUGAAGAUGUGAUUAUCAACUGUAGCAAAGACUCUCGCACACCUGUACCACCCGCUGGUCACCACUGGAAGGAAGUUCGACAUGACAACACAGUGACGUGGCUGGCCAGCUGGACUGAAAAUAUCCAAGGCUCCAUUAAAUACAUUAUGCUCAAUGCAAACUCGAAGCUUAAGGGAGAAAAGGACUGGGAGAAAUACGAGGUUGCUCGGAAGCUAAAGUCAUGUGUGGACAGCAUUCGUAACCAGUACCUCCUGGAUCUCAAGUCUAAAGAGAUGGUCAAGAGGCAGAGGGCUGUGGCCCUGUACUUCAUAGACAAGCUGGCCCUGAGAGCUGGAAAUGAGAAAGAGGAAGGAGAGACAGCGGAUACCGUUGGCUGCUGCUCUCUUCGAGUGGAGCACAUCACCCUGCACAAUCAGCUGGAUGGUAAUGAGUGGGUGGUGGAGUUCGACUUCCUGGGUAAAGACUCCAUUCGCUACUACAACAAGGUCCCAGUCAUCAAGAAGGUUUUCAAGAAUGUAAACCUUUUCAUGGAGAAUAAGGAACCUGGAGACGAACUCUUUGAUCGCCUAAAUACGAACCUUCUGAACAAACAUCUGAGCUCUUUAAUGCCAGGCCUGACUGCAAAGGUCUUUAGGACGUAUAACGCCUCCAUCACGCUGCAGCAGCAGCUCAAAGAGCUCACCAACAAGUCUGACAAUGUGGCAGAGAAGCUGCUGUCCUACAACAGGGCAAACAGAGCAGUUGCUAUUCUCUGUAACCACCAGAGGGCGCCACCGAAGACCUUUGAACAAUCAAUGGCUAACCUUCAGGCCAAGAUUGAUGCUAGAAAGGAGCAGUUGGCUCUAGCCAAGACAGAAUUGAAACAGGCCAAAAAGGAGGCGAAGAGCAAAGGCAACUCGGAUCCAAAGCUCCAGACUCUGGUGGAGAGGAAGAAGGCGGCAGUCAAGCGCUGUGAAGAGCAGCUGCUUAAGAUGGAGGUUCAGGCGACUGACAGAGAGGAGAACAAGCAGAUCGCCCUCGGUACGUCCAAGCUCAACUACCUGGACCCUCGCAUUAGUGUGGCUUGGUGUAAAAACAUGGAUGUGCCGAUAGAAAAAAUCUACAAUAAAACCCAACGGGAAAAGUUUGCAUGGGCCAUCGACAUGACAGAAGCAGACUUUGAAUUCUAACUCCACACCUCUGAUUCUGCCCUCAGAAGCGGGUACCAGGAACCAUGACUUGAUAUUCGACACGGAACUUACAUCUGUAGUACGUUGGUCAAGCUUUGCAUUAGUGUUGAUUUAUUGUUGGACAUUUGUUUGACUCUGGUACUUAAUUUCUAUGUUUUUUGUUGUACAUUUUGGUUUGCAUUGAUUUCAAUAAAGGUU